GUGACGCAAUGGGGAAGUUAGCCCGGAGGAACGUUCUGUUCUGCACGUAGAGCUCCGGCAGACGUCAAACUGAUCAGCACACAUGUGCAGCUCAGCGGGGGGAGGAGGCUGAGCGAGUCUGCUGCGCAGAGAGGAAGAGAGGGGUUCUCGUCUUAGUCUCGUAUUGCCUCGUCUGAGAGCGAGAUAUAUGUUCUACUCUCUCGAAAUGUAAAGUGGCCGAUCAGCAGGGGGAACUGGCACUUUGCUGACGCAGAGCAUUUCCUCGGUUUAUUGGUCCAGAGCCGCGGAGUGUCAGCGGGUGACGCAGCCGGAGCACCUAUCCGCGAGGGGGACACUGACACCUGACGGCUCCAUCUCUCCAACCGCCGGUCUCUCCCCUCCAACCCAUCACGACCACUUCGGCUCUGCAGUGCGGGGACUGCUGCGUUUUAUGGAAGCGGACUGCGCUCGUCCUGCCCCGGUCAUGCUGCCCCCGAAGAACUGCCUCCCGAGGAACUACAGCUGCAUAGCCGGGCUGUUCGGGAGCCUGGCGGCGGCGAACCCGCGGCUGGACGAUGGGGAGGAUUAUGACAUGAUGAACGGCACCUGCGAGCCCAUCGAGAGCCCGGUGGUGGACGAGAGACCCCGGGGCAGAGAGAUCUUCCUGAAGCCCCAGCAAAGUCCCAACCUGCGGCGGAGAUGCAAGUCGCUUCCCACGCCCACCGAGAGAGCGAAGUUGGAGAUCUCCCGCAGCCGGAGUCCCACCAGUCAGAAGAAAGUCCGCUUCGCCGACUCUCUGGGUCUGGAGCUGAUUUCAGUGAAGCAUUUCGAUGAUGCAGAUGAACCAGAGGUGCCGGAGCGCAUUCUGGCCAAAUUACACAAAGCACCCCUGCAGCUGAGCCAUUUGGACACAAAGUUCCCUCGCGCUCCUGCGCAGUCGGUGUUCAUGGAGCUGCAGUUCACCAACCCGGGCACGCUGCCCGGCUUCGAGCAGAAAGUGAGGGAGGUGAGAGUCCUGCUGGAGACCGUCGAGGCGGAUGAGUUCAGCCUCUCCGGCUUUGUGCGCGUGUUAAAUCUGGCUUUCGAAAAGAGCGUCUCUUUGCGCUAUUCUCUCAACAACUGGAUCACGUACAUGGACAGCCUGGCGUCCUAUGUUCCCGAGCCAAGCGCAGGGGACACCGAUAAAUUUCGUUUCAAAAUCGUCACGCCCACCUACCUCGACAACGGAGGCACGCUGCAGUUCGCGAUUAGAUACUGUGUCGGCGGUCAUGUGUUCUGGGACAAUAAUAAUGGCAACAAUUACAAAGUGCGGCGUCACCGGUUCAAGAUGUCCCCGCCGCGGGAGUGGGAGAAUGGAUGGAUUCACUUUAUCUGAGCUGCGGUGGCACAGUGCGCGCGUAAAUGUGCGCGUUAAACCUCUCCGGCCACCUUUAUUAUGACUGUAGCCUGUUCAAAAUGACCUCCCCCUGCCACUGUCCGCUACUUUCAUACACACGGACAAGAAUUGACCACAACAUUUGAAAUUUUUGCAGUGCUGUGGUGACAAGCCGAGGGUUAAGAUGGGUAAACUGUUGGUAGGUGGCCAGUGUUUGGAUGUUAGAACAUUUGCCUUGAUGUCAGGGAUCUGUACAGCAUGGUGCCCUUCGGGAGGGCAUGCUAGUGUUAUGUAAUGUUGGCACACGUGCCACGGAAAACGUGUCGGGCAAUGCCGACUUGGCGCAUCACUGUUUGAGGAGAUGCUGUAUAUUUAUCUGAUGGCACGGUGGUACCAGAAUUAGCGUUUUUGUUUUGCAUGUUUGCAAAAUAGAAAGAGGAGAGUUUUGACAGUUGUGUGCGUAUUAUUCCAAUUAAAUGUAUAAUUUCCCACUUUCAUGCCUUGAAAAAUGCCUUUAUUUUAAGCCAUGCUGUGGGAAGUUUUGCAUUCAAUGUUAUCAAGUGAUGUCUUGAAUAGAGGAAAUGCAUUGAUCGCCAUUAAAUGCUUAAAAUAAGGCCUAUAAGACGAGGGAAAUAGUGAGUGCCCAUAUAACCUGUUGGCUUCAAAUCCGGGUUCACCAGCCCACAGAGCUGCCUUUUGUCCAUUUACUGUAAAUGCACCUGUUAAACGGCAGUUCUAUAUUUCCCCCUGCAUUUAUACGAAAUUUUCCAUAUUUUCAAAAAGUUCAAUGACAACAAACUCCCCAAAAAAGUUUCCUCCAUAAACAAUUCCCAAAAAUGUUAACUGCAUCAUGCAUAUUCCAUCAAUUCCUACAGGCUGUGUUCAUUCAAAGGGGCUUCAACAUUCCUGUCCUGAGCUGUUAUCUGAAUGAACCCCUUCAGUGUGGUUGUUACUCUACUAGCCUUCCAAGGUCAAAAUUACCUCAGAUUAUUGUGGACUUCUUUUCCUCUUCAGGUUGAGCAUUAGGAAACAGAUUGUUAUUUUCUCAGUAAUCAUUUUCUAACAAAUACAUUCAAACAGAACGGCAUUACUGUACAUUUUAAAUGUGACAAAUAUUAAUUCUUAUGUUCUCAGUUACACCGUGUUACACGUUUUAUCAGAGCAGUGUUGUUUGUUGACACAGUAGCUGUUACAUGAUUGAAACCAGCUUCCCCUUCUCUAAAGGUGCAUGCUAGUCACCAGAUGCAGGAACCGUGCUGCUCACACAUUAGCACAAAAUGGCUUGAUUCGGUCAGUGGCUCAUAUUUCCAUCAUUAAAUUGCCAACUAUUGUCGGAUCAAUUCAUUUCCAUGCCACAUGCCUUGAUGGAUGUUCCACAGUUGUCUUCCAAACCUGAUCCAAAUCAUGCUGGGAUGGGUUCAUAAUGAUGAGCUUGUCGUAGGAGUUUAGAUGGUGGCGGUUAUUCAACUUUUUUUUUUUUCUUUCGUCGUAUUAUAUCAGUAUUCUUUCGUGUGCAGAGAGUUGAGUCUCCAGUCCAGUGAGCAGAGCAGGAGGCUUUAAUUCCUAUCCUCUGACUGUAAUCUGAACAUCACUUUGGCCUUUGUUUACUUCAACACGGCCUCAGAGGGAGGCUCUCCUAUUAAUGGGGAUGUGGAUAAAAGACUAUUCCUGUAACCACUUAGCUUUGGAGAAGUUCCACUGAGAAUCCAUCAGAAAAGUUUAUCUGAAACUCUGACAUGAUUUGAGUAGUUGUGGUGCUGCGCGCUCCCUGAUGCUGUUAGACCAGUUUUGCUGAGAUGAGAAAUGGACGGCUGUCAGAUGAUAUUUGCAGCUUAGCUUCACCAUGCGCAGAGCUGGAUUAAAAAAUAAAUAAAAAGGAUCUGGCUGUAGCAGAGCUUACUGUGUGUUACGUUGUUAAAUCAGUGGGUAUUUACAUAUUGUCUGCUUUGGUUUUUAUUAACUAUGUUUAAGCAUCCAUGCAGUGUGAAACCAGAAAGCAUUAAUUAAUCAAGCUGAGACUAGUGAUGUGAGCAGGAAGCAACAAUACCAAUCAUCUGCUACCGAUGGAGGCUUAGAUUCUUAGAUUUUAACAUAUGAUCAUCAGUAUUCUCUUCAACUGUCUACCCAUUAUUUUCUCUACGUUUUCCACAAAAUGUUACUCUGGUUAAAAGUGGGAAAACUGUCAGAUAUCAGCUGCUCAGGUUUAUCCUGCUGCCCCCCCCCCGCUGUUGUUAUUGUUGCAUCCUGACCUGCGAGGAAACGAAGGGCUUCUGGUUCAGAUUCUCACCUCAAACUGCGUAUACGUCACCGUUUGUAUCAGAGCUCACUGAUCUAUAGACAUGUAUGUAAAUGUGUUAAUGUGUCAUAUUGAAUGUCUCCCUUUUUAACUGUUCAUUGUCGCGUGUAUUCUGAAGCAUUUUUGAAAGUGGACUCGAGAGACGUGAGCGAUGAAAAGUUUACCUGACAAUGCUGUGAAGCUGGAGGAUAGAGUAUGAGCCUAAAUUAAAUUGAAAUCCUAAAAGCACACUUAUUAAUCAAAUCUAGGAUGGGAAUCACCGUGCACAGGGAUAUUUUCUCUCAAAAUGUUUUAUAUAAAUUAGAAGUUGUUGCGGAAUCUUCCCUGAAAUGUGCAAUCGAAACGUGAGCAGUGUAUCUGAAUGCAAUGAGCUAUUGGAAACCACAUGUGCACGACCACAAGUGUACACUGCCUUACUAAAUUAUGAGUUGACCAUAGAGACGUAUGAAAGAGGAGGAAGGUGCUAAGUGAUUCUGAAGAAAUGAGGUGAAUGCAGAGCAUGUGAACUGAGGAACGCAUCUGGACAAAAAGGGGAAAUGCAAUGUGGCGUUUGAAACGCUUGCCACGAGCGACUAAUGAUUGUAGCUGAUGCUGAGCAGACUCAGUCAGAUCAGGUGUAAUGCACUUUGAGUAGGGAAAAGGAAAAGAGGGUGUGUGUACUGAAAGCUUCUCCUGUGAAUAGCUACUAACCAAGAUGUUCUCCAUCCGUUGUCAUAUUUUACUGCUCUUUUCUCUCACUGUUGAAAUCACCUCUGUCUGUUUCAUAAUCACUGUAUGACACUGAGGUUUCUUUCUGGGUUUGCUUUCGAGUCAGUGUUUAUUGUUUUCUGUCAAUUCUAUGCAGCACUUUCUGUUUUAAACUGUACUAUGAGAUUCAUAUUUUGAAGUGAAUGUUUCACCAUAACUGUAUUCUUCUUCUUUAGUCUCCUUUUUAAUGUAACCUAUAUUUUUGUUAAAACAAUGGUAAAUAAAGGCAUUUGUGAUGAUAACCAAA